AUGAAGUCCCAAGCGCUAUUGCUGCUCUUCUUGGGCGUGGCGUCAAGCGCAUUAGGCGUAGAAGACGUAGCCGAGCAAAGAAAUCUAUUUCAAGAUGAUGAAAAUUUCUGGUCUCGAUUUGUUAAUGAAGUAGUAUCGAGUAGUUUGACUCCAGAACCUUCUGCUCCACCCUCCAGUGCCCCUUCCGAGACUCCUUCAGCGCCUCCUUCGGCGGCGCCAUCAGCGCCACCAUCAGAGACUCCAUCGGCAGCACCAUCUGAUAGCCCCUCUGCUGCUCCCUCUGGAGUAUGUGCUGCGACUACGGAUAUCUUCUGCACUAGCGAAAACGGAAAUGAUUGCAGAGAACUGGUGCGACCCGUGGGAAACUGCAGUUUGGGUUCCAGGAUUCGCACUCUCAGAUUCCAGGUGGACUUUUGUGUUUGUGCCGAUAGUGUUAAUAACCAACCUGAAUCUGGGUGCAUUGACGAUGGAACACUUCCUUCAGAUGGCGUCCCGGUCGUUGUCUCGUGCAUGUCGGGCCCCAGCACUCUCUUCCGAGAAACAGUGGUGAAUGGCGACAACAUCACCAUCUCAAGCGCUGCAGCACUCCCCACGGACAUGACUUGUGAUGUUUCUACCACAUCUGGAACUGUGCUUCAAGUCUUUACUAUCAACACCUCUGGAAACGUGGACUUGCACUUGAAGGACAAAUAUGGCUCAUUCACUCUCUUGGCGUGUGAUGCCGAAGAUUGCAUUGAGGAAGUCACGUACCGAUUCGUUGUGGACAACACUGGAAAUGUGGAUUUGGAAGUAGUGGAGUUUUCGCGUACUCGCGAAGGAGAUACGAAGGAUCUACUGCCGUUUAUCGACCCCGACAUUCCCGUUGGUGGAGCCAGUUCAGACGAGGAAUCCGAGCUAAUUGACAUUUGUACCUCGUACUUUGCCGAGACGACAUCCUUCGUAUCUGGUGAACCGUCUGGAGGAAGACUUGAUUGUCAAGAUACUGCCCAAUACGACUUUGCCAUCCUGGACAAUUGUCGUGUAGUAGUCGAGAUCGAAUGCAAGGACGAAGAUGGCAAUCCCUGUACGGAGCUCGUGACGCCACCAGGAGACUGUACUGCGGGAGAAGACCUAACUACACUCAAGUUCCGGUACAACGACUGCACAUGUGAUGAAAGUAGCAACAAUCAGGAUGGUGUUUCUUGCUCUGAUUCUGCGCCAUUCCCCAGUGGUGCAGUUAGUGUUUCAUGUGUACCAGCUGAGGGCGGGGCUGAGCUUGUUGUUGAGCCAGACAAUGUGAUGGUCAAUGACACUUUGGUCAUCACUAGCCCCAAUGGUGAAAUCCUACCUGAAGAGGUUGUUUGUACAAUCAGUGACGGGACCAAUACAGUUCAGGAGUUCUCCUUCUUCACAUCUGGAAAAGCUUUGAACCUUGAUAACAAGUUUGGCAGCUUUGAAUUGGUUUCAUGUACUGAUGAGGCUGGUUCAGAGCAAACCUGUGAGGAACUACUCUGCUACACCUACACCAUCAGCAACAUUGGUACAGGCAACAUGUCUCUGCAUGAACUCACGCGAACACGUGGUGAUGAGACUGUGAGCCUCCUUUCUUUGAUUCCAGCUGAGUUUCAGAACCUUGAGCGAGGCCAGGAAGUCACUAUUGAAGACGAUGAAAAAGUGCUUGCAAAUAUCUGUGGUGAUCAGACCUACACAACUACUGUAGAUGUGACUGGAGAACCAGAAAGUGGCAUCUUCUGCACAGAUGAAGACACCUACAACUUCGAAUUGAACCCACCCCCAACUGGCCCUCCCAGCGCAACUCCUAGUGAUACACCAAGUGCUCCUCCUAGUGAAUCACCUAGUGAGCCACCAAGUGCUUCUCCUAGUGAAACACCUAGGCCAACACCACCACCUACGCCACCUCCCACUCCACCACCAACUCCACCCCCAACGCCAGGGCCAACACCACCCCUACCCACCUCCCACUCCACCACCAACUCCACCUCCAACACCAGGGCCAACUCCACCCCAACGCCACCUCCAACACCAGGCCCAACACCACCACCAACACCAGGCCCAACUCCACCCCCUACACCACCUCCAACACCAGGCCCAACACCACCACCAACACCACCGCCUACUCCACUGCCCACACCACCGCCCACUCCACCACCCACUCCAUCACCAAGUGCUGCCCCCACUGCACCUUGUAUUCUUGAAGUUGACAUUGAGUGUCCAGACUGUAAUGCUACUCCACCUCCAGUUGAGCAGUGCACUGAUCGUCCUUUUCAGAUGGAUUUCAUCUACAAUGGUGGUGACUGUGAAGGCAGCUACAAUAUCCAAGCAAUCGGUGACAAGUUCAUCUGUCAGGAUUUGAAUGGAGGUCCCCCAACCCAAAGAGGAGAGAAGUCUUAUAUUAUUGUCAAUGCAUUGAAAGAUGACACUAAUUAUUUCGCUGGCUGGGUUGAGGUUGGAGCAAACUUCUCCCUCCGAGAUGGUGGCAAUAACUUUGUGGCUGAUCAGACCAUUCAGAUCUAUUCAAGUGAUGAUAUUAGUCCAGCAAACCUUAUUCAGGACAUGCAAUACCACAGUUCUUGUUCCCAAAACUUGUACUUGAAGGAUAGGUUUGGAGCUGUCCAGUUGGUUGGAUGGUGGAAUGAAGAGCAGGGCUACAUCUCAUGUUUUGCUAAUCAAACUUUCUCCAUCGAUAUUCAAGUUCCUAUUGAGAUUCAGGGAGACACGCUCACCAUGCAGACACUGACGGCUGCUUCCAAUGUUGACCCCUUCUUCUUCAACUUCACGGAUAAAGUUGCAGGUCAAACUGUUCAAGCCGGGGAAACCUUUGUGGUUGAGGGACUUAGUAUUACACUUGAUCUGUCAACAAGGAGAACAUACAACUUUCUCUUCACCCUCACAGGAGUCACAGACACGGGAGCUGAAUGUGUUGGAAAUGACCUUUUGAGGUUCGAGGCUGGAACACCACUCCCUCCUAUCUUUCCUACAUUUUCGCCCACUCAGGCUCCAUCAGGAACCCCAUCACCAACCAUGGAUCCUGCACGAGCUCCCUGUAGACUCGAUGCAAACAUUGAAUGCAACACUGCCAGUGGUCGCAGUUGUAGAAGUAUUGAAUCGCCAUCCCAGUCAGUGUGCAACGAUCCAAACAAUGGCGUCACUGCUCUGGAAUUCUUGAUGACAGGAAACAGCUGUGGAAACACCGAAGACUGUGAGGAUUUUGGAACAAUUUCGGGGCAAAGUGCUUAUGUUGAAGUUCUGGACAGAGACCGAACAGCUUUUUCUGGAUCUGUUCCACUUGGUGGAAUCUUCAAGGUCAAUGGACCCUUUGAGAGGGAUCGUCUUGAAAUCACAAUCUCUUCUGGCCCUGGCGGAAGCCCCUUGCAGGAACUAAGCAGGUUGGAAUUGGGAUGCGAAGGUAAUUUUCAAGAAGACUUGACUCUGCUUACAAACUAUGGCGCACUUCAAUUGGUUGGUUUCCAGAACUCAGCUCAAGGCAGCCAAAGCAUUAUUGAAACUUUCACACUGACCAUGACGGUCACGAAUGAAGGAAGUGUUGUCAGUACAGUCAACAAUGCUGUUGGCACGAGUCCAUUUGAGCAAAACCCCAUCAACUUGAUCCCAGCAGGUCCAACUGAUCUGGCAACAGGUGCAAGUCUUUCGGAAGAGACAUCCGCUGUUUUGAAUCUUGCUGAAUCUCAGGGCAGUGCGUUUGAAUUUCGCCUGGAUGCGUCCGGUGUUGGUGUGCCAAGUGGGUUAGAAUGUUCAACUUUCACAACAUACACAAUUUCAGUUUCCUAA